GGUACAGUCGUGUGCCAACGACGCCGUUAUUAAAAUCGCGAAAUAUCCGGACUAUAAAUAUUAACAUUCAUUGCGAUUCAAACCAAAAUCAUUAUAUGGGAUAUAUCCCUAUGCGUGCCUGCAAUGAAAUAUUUAAGUUUAAAAACAAAUUGCGAAAAGUCUACAUUGUUUAGAAACGUGAUGACAAAGUUAAUUAUUUUGCUGGAUUAAAUAAAGAAAAAUGAAAUAUAUUUACUCAUGAAUAGUAAAUAAAUAGUAAACAAAAUACAAUUUCAAGUAACAGUGACGUAGACCGAGAAAUAAAACAUGUACAGUGAAGUUAAUGAUCAGAGGAAACGACUUUAUUUGAAUGAACAUGUACUGUUUUGGGUGAUGUAGGGUGAAUUGUUCAUGAGGACGGUAUGGGGGUCGAGAGAACUUGUUUCUGGUCUAUGCUGCAAGCGUUGGUGCUCCUACCCACGUUUGCUGUCAAAGAUUCACAAAUCACAAUGAGAAUAUAUCCGGAAGAUCCAGAGUUUCAGCGUCCCAUAGGAAACCACACUUUUUCCUUAGGCAAAGAGGCAGUGCUGGGCUGCGCUGUCUCCAACCUUGGCAAGCAUAAAGUGGGGUGGCUAAGAGCCGAAGAUCAAACGGUUUUAACAAUGCACGACAGAACAGUACUCGGCGCCCGGUACUCUGUGAAUUUGGAUGCUCCUAUGACUUGGCAGCUGAAGAUCAGACCAUUGAGGGCAGAAGAUCGAGGCUGCUACAUGUGCCAGAUUAAUACUCAGCCCAACAUGAUGUGGCAGAUUGGUUGCAUAGAUGUCAAUGUGCCUCCAGACAUUGUCAGCGAUGAUACCUCCUCCGAUGUAUCGGUUCAAGAGUUGGAGAAUGCAACACUGACCUGUAAAGCUACAGGGCAUCCCCUACCAAAUGUCACUUGGAGGAGGGAAGAUCACGAACCUAUAUUAUUAAAGAAGCCACUCUCGAGAGACUUUGACAAAGUCGAGAUUUACGUGGGUAGCUCACUUCCAUUGUGGCGUGUGGACCGACGGCAAAUGGGCGCCUUCUUAUGCAUAGCGUCGAAUGAGGUACCACCGGCGGUUAGCAGGCGGAUUAUACUUCUAGUAAACUUCGCUCCUACAGUGAAAGUGCCAAACCAGUUACUAGGAGCGCCUUUGGGCACUGACGUCAAGUUAAAAUGCUACGUCGAGGCGUACCCUAACACAAUUAACUACUGGAUCAAGAACAGAGGGGAGAUGUUACUAGAUGGACCUAAAUAUAUAAUAAGAGAAGAGAAGUCAUCAUACAAGGUGUCAAUGUGGCUCACCAUUAGACAGUUUUCCAAAAACGACAUCGGUACAUACAAUUGUGUCAGUACCAACUCUCUGGGGAAGAGUGAGGGUACUCUUAGACUUUAUGAAAUAAAACUGAACUCUUACACAGAGGAUUUCAGCAAUCAAAUCAGUGUCGCCGGAGGUCUUACCGAAGCGGCAAAGGGAAAUACUUGUAAGAAAGUACAUUUGGAAUGGACGUUGUUAACGAUAUUCUGUUAUAUAAAUCUAUAUAUGUUGACAUAGUUAUUGUAUUGUAAAUAAAGCGUAAUAAUUUACAUAUAUAUUAUAUAAAUGGAAUAUUUACGAAAAACAUUACUAAUGAGGCCAACACAUCUGUAAGGAUCUAUCGAUACAUCUAUACAUACAUUAUAUCACAUGUUAAGAGGGACAAUUGUAUAAUAAUGUUUUUUUAAGGGACGAUAAUGGAAUGGUGUAAUCGCCUGCACUAAUGUUAUAUGCUGGCGGGGCACCAGUGGAGGAUGAUAAGAGUAUGUAGUAGUAUGAGGUCAGGUCAAUUAGCCCAUCGUGGUAAAUUCACCAGAAAUUUAACAUAAUGGUUUCCAAGAGGAACCGCUUGGAAGUCAACCUGACAAGGUACAUUGCUAGCAAUAGAGUUAUUAAUUCAAAUUACUAACUAUCCUCUUCUCCACUAAUAAGAGAUUGAAGGCUUAAAAAUUUUAUGUAAAAAAAUAAUGGAACCUAGGGUCCACUGGGAGGAGCAGCAGUGAUAGAGGGACGCGA